AUGGACGGAUCUUCACCCCCCUCAUUCACGGGCCCACGCGCCGAGACUACUUCUCACUCGCCGGUCAACGACUCAUACAACGCCGCCGAUAAGGGCCCCCAGUCGUUCUCCGAUUUUAAUUCAGGCCGGCCGGAUUCAUUUACCCAAGAUCAACCUCAUACGUGGGGUAAAGAUGGCGAUUCUGUUAUGAAACGACUGCCAUCCAUCAAAGACGUGGCUCCAGGCCGUGGGCAGUCAUACACAGUUCCAUCGGCUGACGCCGGAAACGCCAACCGUGGGUCUGUUGUUGGUGAUAUUUACGACAGCGAGAAGCCGAAAACAGUUGGAGAUCUCGCGGCUGCUCACAAACACGAUUCCGGCACUGUAGGGUGGCUAUCAGUUCAUGUCGGGUCCAAAGAGUUACAACAGCGACCACUUUGGGAAGCAUUAAGCAUUCCUGGUGACCUCGAGUGUUAA